GACCAAAAACACACCGGGACAGGAGCACUGCAGCACGGCUCUCGGACCUGCGCUGUGGGGGGCUCGUGUCUAUGAACCGCGGCCAUGGCGAAGAAAAACAGCACCAAGAAGUCCUUCAAAAGUUUGUUUUCGAAAAGCGAAGUGAAUUUGAACGAGACGGUGGCCGCGUUGGCGGAGAGCGGCACCAACAGCACCGGCCUGGACAAGAAAAGCGGGACAGAGAAGAAAAAGUUCAGAUUUCCUGGUUUGAAAAUUAAAUCGAAAAGCACCGAGGUGUUGGAGAAGUCUGGCCCGGAGAGCGCGCAGGGUCCCAGUGUUGAGAAACCUGGAACAAGUGGCGAAUCUUCGACUGAUAACGUCUCCACGGACACGGACCGCUCCUCGCUGUACGCAACGGCCCCGAGAUCAAAGGGGAAGGACCUGAGUCUGUCGGAGCAGGACUUGAGUUCGAAGCCCAAACGUUUCAACACGUUUUCUUUGGGUCUAAGAAGGAAGAAGAAGAGAGAGGAGAAUGUUCUGUCCACGAGCACUUACGGCAUCGACCGCUCGGGAAUCGAACUACAGCGGGAGACUCCCUCUGAUCUCAGCCAAAUGCCUCUGGCCCAAACUGACACUAAAACUAUGAGCAAGUCCCAACCAGAACUGGACACCAGCGAGAUCUUCGACAUUCCUUCCCCUCCUCGCGUCACUAUCAACAAAUCAGACUUCCCAAUUUCCAGCCAAUCAGAAGUCUCUGCCACUAUCCAUGCUCAAUCGAUCACAACUCAGCAAACCAACAUCCAAAAUAAUGUUCAAAAUACAACUCAGAAAGCUCCCAUAGCCACCAUCGCUGAGUUGGCACUAGAUGACGAAGUGAAUGCAGCUACUGAGGAAGUGACCCCAAAGCUAUCGUCUUACAAACAAGCCGCUGUAGCCCAGAGCAAAGUAGAAAAGGUGUUAUCAAAUAUCGCUGCAACCAGGUCUAACAAUGCUGCGUUUGAUGCUAGCAACAUCCAAGUGUCUGAUACCAAAGCAGAGAUGCCAAUUAGUCAACCAGCGCUAACAGAAAAACAACCAGAAAUCAAUUCAACUGCAUCUGGAUCCAAAAUGGCUGCCAGUGGUACAGAUGCAAAUGUUAAAAUUGACACAGGAACUGACCCCAAAAUGGUCGCAACACUGGAAGAACCUACAAUAAAUAGCAGUUCUGCGAUAAACCCCAAGAUGGCGACCACUGUUACUGAUAAACAGCUUAAAAUUGACACAGCGACUGCAGUUGGACCCAAAAUGACCACCGCUUUGGAAGAUAAACAAAGUACAAGCAGUAAUUCGGCAAUAAACAUCGAAAUGUUGACCACGAAUUUGGAGAAGCCAGUUGAAUCGUCUGGUGCUAUUAGCGACACAAUGACAGAUAUACAGCUUAAAAUUGACUCCACUACUGCAAUUGGACCCAAAAUGGCAGCCGCGCUGGAAGAUAAACAAAGUACAAGCAGUAAUUCAGCAAUAAAUUUUAAAACGGCAGCCCCAAAUUUGGAUAAGCAAACUGAAUCAUCUAACGCAAUUAGCAAUACAGCUAGCGCUAGCAAAACCGCCGACUUUGACACCAAAAUUGACACGGAAAUUACAGAUACACUUACAAUUUCGAGCAUUGACAACUCUAGCUUUGUUUCAGUUGCUACAAGUCUGAAAUCUCCCCAAAAAGAGGACAAAAGAAAAACCAAAACUAGUCUGUCCAACAUGCCUGACCAAGAUAAAAUGUACAGAACAUUGUACGAUUCGCUUUUUCCUGAAAAUUUCACCCAAGAAGUCGCCUCGUCACUUUUAAAUCAACCGACGAAACUGGCAACCGAGUAUACAAGCACCGAAACAGUUGUGGUUAAGAGAUAUGAAGAAAUCGAAAAAAUUAGCCCUCCCUUGUCAACUUCAUCCCCAGAGAAAAUUGACGAUAGUUUGAGUUCGUUUAGCAGCGCGAGUGACAGCAUUACAACUAAAACUGAGCCAAAAUCACCAACCAAAACAGUCUACAUUCGUACUACCUACGAGUCGACUUCAAAUGAUCCCAAACGGUCGAUGCAAGAUACCAAAUUUGCUUACUCAGAGUUUAAUACACAAACUAGCUUUACCAAAGAUACGAAAACACAUUCCUCUUUGGUUGAGAAGUCCCCUCCUCUGUUCAGCUAUGCAACCUCCCAAGAGACCAGUGCUCAAGUUUCAGCCGACUCUAAAAGAAAAGUACUUUUAGUCAAGGAGAUAGUUGCAAAUGAGGUCGCUAGCAGUAGUAGAGACUCAGACCGUCCUACUGCUACCAUGGAAAAAACAUCAACAGUCAUGAGCUUGGAUCUGAGAAGCGACGAAACUGAAAUCUCGUCCAUCACCUCUGGACAGACCGAACUGCAUGAUGGGAUAUGUAGUCCUGCCUAUUUGAGUGUUGGAUCUGAUGAUGGCAGCACAAUGGAGAUUUUUUAUAGCGCAGAAGAAGACAACGCGGACGAUUUGUUUACUGCGGAUGACAGAGAAGCGACUGUUAUCGAUACUGCGAGGGAUGCAAGCGCUUUGGAGGAUCUGAUCACAAAUAGAACUCUGAUUUUGAAAGAAGAUGAGAGCUGA